AUGGCCUGCCUACUUUUUCUCCUUCUGUGUACUUUGCUGCACCUCCUUCUAUUCCUGUUGCAAUCAGCCCUGCAGAUUGAUCUGCAUGCAAUCAAGUGCAACCAUACCCAGUUAGGCAAUACAGCAGCCAAAGCAUCCCAGCAAGCCCAGGCUGCUGAUUCUAGGGCUGCAUAUCACUGCCAGAUUAUAUCCUUAGAUUUCAACUUCCUGGGUAAGAAUUUCCCUAAGCCCUGGAAUGCAAAGAAUAGUGCAAAGAGUAUUAGUCCACUUCUUCUAGUGCGCUUAGAGCUUCUAUGUGGCCAAAUCGGUCUGAGGAAAAAUUUCAACCCUAACCCUACAUGUCGUUUUUACCAGUCUCUGAUGCCCAAGAACCACAGGAAGGUAGCAGCCGCUCACGCUAGGGCCGCACGAUGGUCAGCUCCAACAGCUCCAACUGCCGAGCACAGUAACUCCACUCUUCAAGCCACCCCCGCACAAACCUAUUCCGAGUUGCAGGAACAAACAUCAGAGCCGUCCAAACUCUGUGGCAGGGAAGUUAACCUGAUAGAGCUGGACUCCGAGUAUGAGUGUGGUUAUACUGGGGGUGUCAGUUGUUAUUGGUCAGAUACAGGUGAUGAAUAUGAAACAGACUCGAAUGCUGAUAGCGAAAGGUCGGAGUGCGAUAGCCUCUGCGAGCUGGAGGGCAGCGAGCUUGAGGAAAACUUGAGGGAGCUCCGAGAAGAGGUCAUAGCCCUGGGCACAUCAGUGGACACUGCAAAACAUCAGGAGAUCAUGGCAUGUCUGGCAGAUCGCCAGUAUGGACCUUUCAGAUUGAGAGUUAUAUUCUUGGGCAUUGACAAAGCUACUUACACCAUCAAUCCUACAAUCUCAUCCAUUAAGGCCAACAGACAUGAAUAUAAGGACAAUGACUCUGAUAGUGAUGAUGUAGAGAUCAUUGAAGUCCAUGUGGUCAAACACCCCCACUCCACAUGA